CUUCAACAACUUGGUUGUGAAUUAUGUAGUGUUAUUUUUUUAGCUCAUUGUGUUUUGUCUUCGUUUACUUCCUGGAUGAUGUAAGACACUAACAUAGGAGGCAUGAUUUUGGCGGUGGCGCUGCUUUGGUUUGAUAUGACAAUGCAGACAGCUUGUAUCUUUGUUGUUGUUGUUGAGGUUUCAUUUCAAGUUGGUUCUCCCUUUAUAGAAUAGAUUUCUAUGAUGCAGCGGGUAGUAUGUGCAAAGAGUCUGGAGCAUCCAUGAUGAACAAGUCUCUUUUCUGUAUCAUUGCCACAUUGGACUCCACAGAUGGCUGUAGUAGGUCAAAAGUGGAAUGAUGAUUUUGUGACAGAAGAGGGCAAUAACUUCCACAAGUGUGGGAGUUUCCAAGGAAACUCUGAUGAUAUUAGUUCCUGUAUUGAUGUGGUGUAUAUAUUCUCCAGCUGGCGGCUGUUUUUUGGAGUCAUUUUGCAAUCUUGCUUCUCAAAACUGUCAUCAGAUCUGUGGCUUCUAUCCAAACUUUUCAACUCCAGAUAUCCGAAUGUAACUGCUGGCGUUGCUGAGAUUGUUAAAAGUUCAGAUAAAUCAUCUGCAUCGAUGCCAAAAGGCAAACAAGGACAACAAAUUUCUGAUGGUUCUUCUGCUUCUAUUUCAAAAGGCAGGCCUGGAGUGGAUGAGGGCAAUCAAAAGAAGAAUGGUAUAGUUGGCACUCAAUCAAGCGAUGAAACUUCAGAUAGCACUUCAUCAACGCCAAAAGGCAAAGAUAAAAGUGUUGAUUAUAGCAGUUCUUCAACAAACAGGGGCGAGUCUCUUGGUCUUACAGGCAAUUUGAAUGAAAUGUCCCUGUCUGGUAAAUCUGGAAAGUCGUACAAGGCUAGUGCUAAGAGGCACAAGUCAUCUGCACAGUAUCAACCAGAUAAAUGGAUGCUCCCCAGCAAAUCAGAAAAUGCAUUGACACAACUGAAUCUUGCAAUUGUUGGCCAUGUUGAUUCUGGGAAAUCAACACUCUCAGGUAGACUACUACAUCUUUUGGGACGAAUAACCCAAAAGGAAAUGCUCAAAUAUGAAAGGGAGGCCAAGUUACAGGGCAAGGGGUCAUUUGCUUAUGCUUGGGCAUUGGAUGAGAGUCCUGAGGAGAGGGAAAGGGGAAUAACUAUGACAGUCGCUGUUGCUUAUUUUGAUUCCAAAAAAUAUCAUGUUGUUGUGAUUGAUUCCCCAGGCCACAAAGACUUUGUUCCAAACAUGAUAUCUGGGUCAACACAAGCUGAUGCUGCCAUCCUUGUAAUAGAUGCCUCCAUUGGGGGUUUUGAAGCUGGGAUGGACAACAAAGGGCAAACUAGGGAACAUGCACGUCUUAUUAGAAGUUUUGGUGUUGACCAGAUUAUAGUCGCAGUCAACAAAAUGGACUCAGUGGGGUACUCCAAGGAUCGAUUUGAUUUGAUUAGAACACAACUUGGAACAUUCCUUCAUUCUUGUGGAUUCAAGGAUUCCUUGGUGUCAUGGAUUCCAUUGAGUGCAGUGGAAAAUCAAAAUUUAGUUGCAGCUCCUUCUGAUAUUCGUUUGUCAUCAUGGUACCGUGGACCUUAUCUGCUGGAUGCAAUUGAUUCUCUUCAGCCACCAACAAGAGAUUUCUCAAAACCUCUUCUCAUGCCCAUAUGUGAUGUAUUGAUAUCAUCUUCACAAGGGCAGGUGUCAGCCUCUGGUAAAUUGGAGGCUGGUGCUCUUCGAAGUGGAGUGAAGGUUUUAGUUAUGCCAUCAGGAGAUGUGGGCACAGUUCGCUCCCUAGAAAGAGACUCUAAGGCUUGUGAUGUCGCUAGAGCAGGAGAUAAUGUGACUGUCAGUCUCCAAGGCAUUGAUGGAAGUAAUGUGAUGACUGGAGGUGUUCUAUGUCAUCCUGACUUUCCUGUUGCGGUAGCACGACAUUUUGAGCUGAAGGUGCUCGUGUUAGAUUUGGAAAUCCCACUUGUGAUUGGUUCUCAAUUGGAAUUCCACGGACACCACGCAAAGGAGGCUGCAAGAGUUGUUAAAAUAAUAUCAGUACUUGAUUCAAAGACAGGCAAGGUGACAAAGAAGGCGCCUCGCCGUCUUACCUCAAAGCAGAGUGCAGUGAUUGAGGUGCUUUUGGACGGACCGGUUUGCAUGGAAGAGUUCACAAAUUGCAGAGCUCUUGGAAGAGUGUUUCUGAGAACAUCAGGGAAAACCAUUGCCCUCGGAAUCAUAACCCGGAUAAUAGAGGAUCAGGAAUAGUUAACAUGAGAGGUAGAUGCCUCAGCAUUUGAGAUGUAAACGGGUUCCAUCGCUACAAUUUGCCAAAUUUAUGUUGUUAACAACAGAGAGGAGGGGCAUAUCCUUUCUUAGUUUUGAUGGACUUUUUGCAUGGGUUGCAUCAAUUUACACAUCAGUAAAAUCGGCAGCCCCCUAUGUUGUCA